UUUUUUUUUGCCUUCUUUCCGCGCGCUUUCGUUCACUGUCCUUUGAUCGCAUUCGUGGGCGCGCGGCAAACAACCGGGAGGCCGAGGACCCAGGUCCAGUUGCCGGAAAGCAUGCCUCAGACUCCUCCCUUUUCAGCAAUGUUUGACAGCAGUGGUUACAAUCGAAACCUCUAUCAGUCUACGGAGGACAGCUGUGAAGGGUUGUAUUACCAUGACAACAACCUCCUCUCUGGAUCUCUGGAAGCACUCAUCCAGCACUUAGUACCAAAUGUGGAUUACUAUCCAGAUAGAACGUACAUAUUUACCUUCCUACUCAGUUCUCGGUUAUUUAUGCAUCCAUAUGAGCUAAUGGCGAAAGUUUGCCACCUGUGUGUUGAACACCAGAGACUAAGUGAUCCUACCAGUGAUAAGAACCAGAUAAGAAAAAUUGCACCUAAAAUCCUUCAGCUCCUGACAGAAUGGACAGAAACAUUUCCUUAUGAUUUUCGGGAUGAAAGAAUGAUGAGAAACUUAAAAGAUCUGGCUCACCGAAUAGCCAGUGGCGAGGAGACAUACCGUAAGAAUGUCCAACAGAUGAUCCAGUGUCUGAUCCGCAAGCUUGCUACUCUCAGCCAGUAUGAGGAAGUCUUGGCAAAAAUCAGUGCCACAUCCACAGAUCGACUCACUGUUCUCAAGACCAAGCCACAGUCCAUACAACGGGACAUCAUUACUGUGUGCAGUGACCCUUACACUUUGGCCCAACAGCUGACUCACAUAGAACUGGAGAGGCUAAAUUACAUUGGGCCAGAAGAAUUUGUUCAAGCAUUUGUACAGAAGGGUCCUUUGGACAAUGACAAGACUUGCUACAGUGACCGGAAGAAAACACGAAACUUAGAAGCUUACGUAGAAUGGUUUAACCGCCUCAGCUAUUUGGUUGCUACAGAAAUCUGCAUGCCUGUGAAGAAGAAGCACCGAGCAAGAAUGAUUGAGUAUUUCAUUGACGUAGCUCGGGAGUGUUUUAACAUCGGCAAUUUUAACUCUUUGAUGGCAAUAAUUUCUGGCAUGAAUAUGAGCCCAGUCUCUCGACUAAAGAAAACUUGGGCCAAAGUGAAGACUGCAAAGUUUGACGUUCUUGAACAUCAGAUGGACCCUUCAAGCAAUUUCUACAAUUACCGAACAGCUCUUCGUGGGGCAGCACAAAGGUCUUUAACUGCUCAUAGUAGUAGAGAGAAGAUUGUGAUACCGUUCUUCAGUCUUCUAAUCAAAGACAUUUAUUUCCUCAAUGAGGGCUGUGCCAACCGCCUUCCAAACGGCCAUGUCAAUUUUGAGAAAUUUUGGGAACUGGCCAAGCAAGUAAGUGAAUUCAUGACAUGGAAACAAGUAGAGUGUCCGUUUGAGAGGGACCGGAAGAUCUUGCAGUACCUGCUCACAGUACCAGUCUUCAGUGAAGAUGCUCUCUACUUGGCUUCCUAUGAGAGUGAAGGACCUGAAAAUCAUGUAGAGAAAGACAGAUGGAAGUCUUUAAGGUCGAGCCUCUUAGGCAGAGUUUAACGUAUGGGAUGCUGAUUGCUGCUGCUGCUGCUUCUGCUGCUGCUGUUGCUACUGCAACUGCAUCAUCAUGCAGAUCACUGAGGAGCUGGUCUUUAUUUUCUGGCAUCAAGUACCAUGAAAAAUCUUGAGGACCCCACCAUCAGAGUGCUUUGGUCAGCAAAGAAAGCAGGCUCACUCCAGAGCAGAUGGGGAACUGAUUUCCCACAGUUUGACAGAUUGACUCAGAUUUUGUGAGACUGAACUGUUCACUGAGGAUGUUUGAGAAAGAAUCCUCUGAAGAUCCCAGCUCUGCACAUGAUUCAUCUCCUGGAAUUUCCAUGUGAAUCACAGCUCUGCACCUGGAUGGA